CAUAUACAACAUAUAAUCUCUCCAUAGCAGAAAGUAGUUGAAAACAAAACCCUAGAAGGGUUCUUUCAAACAACCAAUUCGCCGCCAGAUCGAUCUAUGUUUCUUGAUUCUCUCAGGUUUCUUGAAUAUCGUCACAACAUGUCUUGAUUCAGCUCAUGUUUCAUCUUUUCCAACAACCCUUUUGUUAAAGCUUAAUUAUCUUGCAAUCCAGUGUGAACCCAGUUGAAAUUUCUUCCAAAGAUUGUUCCUUUUUUGUUUUCUAUUAAUCUUUGUUAUCUGAUCAUCCAAAAAAUACCUUCUUUAGGUAAAAAGGUUGGAUCUUUAUGGGUUUUUAGAGCUGAUUAUUAGUUACUUACCCCCUUGUUGUAUCUUUAAGUUUUUAGGAAUAGGGUUUUUGUUUUCUUGAUAUAAUAUUAUCAGGGAAAGAAAAUAUGUUAUCUGAAUUGGAUAGAAGACCAAUGAUUAGUAGCGGCGGUGAGGGUUCAUUUGGGGAUGAUUUGGAAAAGGAGAUAGGGUUGUUGUUAAGGGAACAGAGGCGUGAGGCUGAUGAUCGUGAAAAGGAGUUGAGUAUGUAUAGAAGUGGGUCUGCACCGCCUACGGUAGAGGGUUCGUUGAGUGCGGUUGGUGGGUUGUUUAAUAGUGGUCAUGGUCAAAGUAAUGGGUUAGGUUUGUCUGAGUUUGCUAGUGGAAAUGGGUUAUUGUCGGAAGAUGAACUUAGGGCUGACCCGGCUUAUGUAUCGUAUUAUUAUACGAAUGUGAAUUUGAAUCCGAGACUGCCACCGCCUCUUGUGUCGAAAGAGGAUUGGCGGUUUACGCAGCGGUUGCAGGGCGGUGGUGGGUCAGGGUUGGGAGGGAUUGGGGAUAAGAGGAAAGGGAAUAGGGCUGAUGUUGGUGGUUCUGGAGGUGGUGGUGGUGGUGUAUCUCUUUUCUCUAUGCCGCCUGGUUUUAACUCGAAGAAACCGGAGAACGAGAAUUCGGAGUCGGAGAAAGCUAAGGCGUCUGCCGAGUGGGGCGGUGAUGGAUUGAUCGGUUUGCCGGGGUUAGGGUUAGGUAGCAAACAGAAGAGCCUUGCUGAAAUUUUCCAGGAUGAUUUGAGCCGUUCAACGCCGCCACCUUCAGGACACCCUUCUCGACCAGCUAGCCGUACUGCUUUCGAAAUCAAUGAUGAAACUGAUGCUGAGCUGGCACAACCGCACGGUGCAAAGGGUCCACCGACAACGUAUUCGUAUGCUGCAGUUUUAGGUGCUUCUUUAUCAAGAAGCACAACCCCUGACCCGCAACACAUUGCACGGGUCCCUAGCCCGAUUCCUACCCCUAUAGGUGGUGGCCGGGUCAACAUGUCGGAGAGGAGAAACGCCAACAGUCCAAGUCUGUUUAACGGGUCGUCUUCUCACCCCCGAGAUCCCGCUGAUUUGGUGACCGCACUUUCUAGUAUGAAUUUGUCGAACGGGAUCAUGGGGGAAGAGUCAAAUCUGAAUCAGUUUGACCAAAAAGCUGACGAACAGAACGCUUAUCUUCUGAACAAUAUGCCACGAAGUCAGAAAAAUAAUAUGAAUAAUAUGUACUUUGACGGUGGUGGAAGUUCUUAUUUGAGCAACGGUUCAAGCGGUUAUUCCAUUAACUCACCGCAAAUGAUGUCCGGUCAACAUGGAAAUGUGAACCUGCCGCCGCUUUUCGAAACCGCUGCCGCCGCUUCCGCCAUGGCUUACCCUGGAAUGGAUUCAAGAUUCGGUUUGGAUUCACCAAACAUGAGCAGAAUCGGAAACCAAAUGAGCGGAAACGCACUACAAGCGUCUUUCAUGGACCCUAUGUAUCUCCAAUAUAUAAGGUCAACCGAGUACGCUGCGGCAGCCGCGCAACUUGCCGCCCUCAACGACCCGACUAUCGACCGGAACAACUAUCUCGGGAACUCAUACAAUGACUUGCUUCAAAAAGCGUAUCUUGGAACUUUACUGUCACCACAAAAGUCACAAUAUGGUGGUGUUCAAUAUGUCGGUACGUCUGCCAGUCCGCACCACCAUGGUUAUUAUGGGAACCCUGCGUUUGGAGUUGGGUUGUCGUAUCCUGGAAGCCCGUUAGCAAGCCCGCUUCCGAACUCUCCUAGGGGGCCCGGUAGCCCGAUUAGGCUUGGUGAGCUUAAUACUCGGUUUUCUCCCCAAAUGAGGAAUUUAGGUGGCGGCAGUGGUGUGAUGGGGCAUUGGCAUUUAGAUGGUGGAGAUAAUAGCUUUGCGUCCUCUUUGCUAGAAGAGUUUAAAAGCAAUAAAACUAAGAGCUUUGAGCUUUCAGAAAUCAAUGGACACGUUGUCGAGUUUAGUGCGGACCAGUAUGGUAGCCGUUUCAUUCAACAGAAACUUGAAACUGCAACUACAGAGGACAAAAACAUGGUUUUUCAGGAGAUUUUUCCUCAGGCUCUCACUUUGAUGACUGAUGUCUUUGGAAAUUAUGUGAUUCAGAAGUUCUUCGAGCACGGAUUGCCAGCUCAGCGAAGAGAAUUGGCUGGAAAGCUGUUGGGCAAUGUUCUGACACUUAGUCUGCAAAUGUAUGGCUGCCGAGUUAUCCAAAAGGCGAUUGAAGUUGUUGACUUGGACCAAAAGAUCAAGAUGGUGGAAGAGCUUGAUGGCCAUAUCAUGCGUUGUGUACGCGAUCAAAACGGGAACCAUGUUAUUCAAAAGUGUAUCGAAUGUGUUCCCGAAGAACAUAUUCAGUUUAUCAUCACAACUUUCUAUGAUCAAGUUGUGACCCUUUCAACCCAUCCCUAUGGCUGUCGCGUCAUUCAGAGGGUGCUCGAGCAUUGUGCGGAUCCUAAUACUCAGAGCAAGGUGAUGGAUGAAAUACUUGCGUGUGUAAGCAUGCUAGCACAAGAUCAGUACGGAAAUUAUGUCGUUCAGCAUGUAUUGGAGCAUGGAAAGCCGCACGAGCGUUCGAUAAUAAUUCAAGAGUUGGCCGGCAAGAUUGUUCAAAUGAGUCAACAGAAGUUUGCAUCAAAUGUGGUUGAGAAAUGUUUGACUUUUGGUGAUGCUAGUGAACGCCAACUUCUUGUGACCGAGAUGCUCGGUACUACUGAUGAAAACGAGCCUCUUCAGGCAAUGAUGAAAGAUCAGUUUGCAAAUUAUGUGGUGCAAAAAGUGCUUGAAACUUGUAGUGACCAAGAGCGUGAGCACAUAUUGGGCCGUAUUAAGGUUCAUUUGAAUGCGCUUAAGAAAUACACUUACGGAAAACAUAUCGUCACUCGUGUAGAGAAACUUGUUGCUGCUGGAGAGAGGAGAAUGGCUGCACAGUCGGGGCAUGCUGCGUAGGAUGAUGAGGUGGCAUAGGAAAUGAAGUUGUACAGCUAACAAAGGAAGGCUAGUUUGAGCUGCUGCCCUUUUUUCCUGUCUCGCUGUCUGUCAUUCGGUCGGUCUCCUAGUUGUUGCAAAUAAAGUUUGGUUGAAAAACUGUACAUUGUGUAGCGUUUAAAGGUUUAUUAUUAUAUACGUAGAGUUACUUUUGUUAUAAGAAGAAAGAAUCACCUGAUGCUGGUGCAGAGGCAGUAUAUUUACGACGAUGAUAUGAUAUGACCGUACGUAAGGAUGUAAAGGAAAAGGUGAGGAGGUAGUUUUGUGACUGUACAAAAACCGUAUGCUAUGCUAUUAAAACAUUUGUCUUAUGUGCAUCGUAAUGUUUCUUG